AUGUCGAUGGCAGAACAAAACUCUAUCAAGGAGCUUAUCAAUAAGCAUGUGUACCAGUUGGGAGAUCCCGAUGCUGAUCUUCGAUACAUGGCCUUGAACGACCUGUCCACCCUUAUGCGAAGUCCCACGUCGAACUUUCUCACAACAGACCGUGAUACAUCAACUAUCCUCUAUCACGGAAUUAUCAAAGCUUUAGAAGACCAGAAUGGUGAUGUACAAAACCAAGCACUGGAAUGUCUCGCUCCAUUGGCUCCCAGAAUGACUAUCACCACUAUAUUCCCUCUUAUUCAACGAUUGGCCGAUCUGACAACAUCCUCCUCCGUCGAUAGCCUCUACAGCACUGCCUUACGCACCGUUAUCGAGAGUCUCCCCCGUCCUCAAAUCGGUCAGCCUGCGCCAGAUGCCACCCUCCAAGCAUAUAAAGUAGUCUGCGAAGCUCUCCUGCCAAAGCUGACUGGCUCAGGUGAACACGGCAUGCUGGUUAAGGAUCCCUCAAAGGGAUUCCGUAGCGACGCUCUCGAGGUGCUUAUUGCAACCAUCGCCUGCUUUGGACCACUCCUCAAGAAAGAAGAGCUGGACUCCCUGACAACACCUGUCGUUGAGAUUAUCAAUAACGAAACAUCAGGGACUGUGGUCACCAAACGAGCGCUCACAGCUUUGUCGGCUUUGGUACAGUUCUUUUCUGACAAGCAACUUGCCGACUUUCUGGCCCAUCUAUCAAAGUCCUUGUCAUCACCUGCUAUCUCCACUGUACAGCGCAGCCAGUUGAUCGCAACUGUUGGAGCUAUUGCCAAGAAUAACUCGGCGAAAAUCGGUCCACAUCUCACUACCCUGGUACCUUUCGUCUUUGCCGCAGUCGACGAGCAAAUUGUGGCUUAA